ACGUCCCAAGACUUGCACAUAUGGGGUAUGACUGUACUGUAUCACAAGAUCAAUGUGAAGGAUCGUUGUAAACUAAAGAGGAGGAAUAAAAACAUGACAAGCUUGUAGACUCUGCCUGACAAAAUAGCCAGUGCUCUAAACCCAGUGGAAUCACAAUUUUCCAAACAUCUAUCUCUGUCUACCAUGGCAGAACUUGUGAGUUUCUUGUUUUGUUUUGAUUUUUAGAAACUCGCGAGUUUAUAGUACUGGCCGUUGGUUCACAUUUGAUCUACUUUUCCAAUUUAGCACUCACAAUUCGUAAAGGGUGCAGUGAAGCAAGCAUUCUCUUCUGAUAUCUAGCCACAAGCACCAUAAAAAAAAUGUCAACAAGUGAUUACGAGUUAAUAAAGAUCGAGACGUUUGUUCUUAAAGCACACAUGAACUGUCAAGGAUGCAUGAACAAAGUAAGGAAAGUACUCCAAAAAAUUGAAGGUGUCUGUAAAGUAGACAUUAAUGCAGAAGAGCAAACGGCAAUUGUCACAGGCAUUGUCAACCCAUCCACUUUGGUCCAGAAGUUGGCCAAAUUUGGCAAGCAUGCAGAGAUAUGGGAUGCAGGAUACAACGGUGAUCAGAACAAUAACCAAGCUCAAUUAAUAAAUGAUCACAGUGACUAUGAAAAUCAGUAUAUGAUUCCCACCUUUGGCGAAAAUCACUGGGGACCCCAAUGGGGUUUUAAUGCUGGCUUAGAGAAUAGUGAAACUAUUUAUGCUGGCUUAGAGAACCAAGAAUGGGCACGUAACUUCCCUGGAGAGUCAUCAACUAGCAAAUAUGGUCAUCAACCAUCUCCUAUGGCCAACAUACAUGAAUAUCAUCAUGAAUUCCAUCCAUCAAAUAUGAUGCAGUUUUCUUCCCAUAUCAUGGACCUGAACAAUUAACAUCCACAUGGAGGAUGCCAACUGAUGUGAUGAUGAAUGCAUACAUGUGACAAAUCAAUGUCAUUUCUCAUUGCCUUUUAA